UUUUUUUUUUCUCUCUUUUUUUUUUUUUUUCCUUUCUCCUUUUAUUUAUUUCCCCCCUCCGCUUGUUCUUCUUUACUUUCUGAAGUUCCUCUGUUUUCUUCCUGCCGUCGGCCAGCCCACUCAACUGGCCCGAAUAAGUGACGAACGGACCCCCUUCCAUCCCACCCUACCCAGACCGACAACAAGGAUAUUCAAAAGCAAGAAUACGCCACUCCAUCCCUCGGUUCCUCAAGACACAGAAGAAGAAUAAGAGGAACAAAAGAAGAAUCUGGCCGGGUUGUGACGAGUGCAGGAAUGGACUCGUUGAUGAGGUCACUUGCAACGGUUCCUCUCUAAUUCGAAGUUUUUCUUUUCUCUCCUUCGUCUAUUCCCUUAGUCUCUCAUUCCACUUCGAAAACUUCCUUACGUCAGCACCAUAGCUGGCGCUUGGACUUUUGCUUGAUAUCUGCCGCCCCGGUUUUUGCUCUCGUCUUUCUACCCCGUCAUCCCACAGCCUUGAUGAUGGACAUCAACUCCCUCCUUUCGCCUCAGGAUUCCAACUCACAGUCCGGGCGCACCACGCCCACCGCCGGGUCUACGCCUGUCAACAAUGCCUCGGUUCCCGUCUCAGGCCCGCCGCAGCCAAAACCCUUGCGAAAGUCUCGUCCCGGCGCAACCAAGCAGGGUAUGACCUCCUCGCCGCUGGCGCAACAUGUGUACGCCCCGAAUCAACUGCCUGAUCCGUCACCGCCCGCCAACAGCCCCAAGGUUGGUCCUAGCAUAGGCAGUGGCAGUGGCAGUGGCAGCGGAACGCCCCCGGCAACCGACUUGCCGCCUGCGAGACAGCCCUCCACCCCAGGUAUGGACACACUGGCCGACCUAGCGUCGAUGCAGCAUCACCAGCCUCAGCGUCCCGGCGCCCCUCUCUUGCGCAGCACCGAGUCCUACGAAAGCCAGCUGUCACCCUCCACCAUGUUCCCUCACGUCAACCCCAUUUCCCACAACACGCCCACUCCCCGAUCCUCCUUCGAUAUCGCGAUGUCCGACGGUCCCAGGGAGACCGCCCAACGAAGCUACUUGGAUAGCUCUUUGGUCCCCAACGCACAGCGGCAGGCGACCGACUUAUUUGCUCAGAUACAGGAAAACCCACAGUCGUACGAAGCGCACGUCCGGUUCAUUCGUUUGCUACACGCGGGCUUCGUCAACCACGUCUAUCCGCCGAACAACCCGGAAAUCCAUGGGGAUCCACGCAAGUAUGAUCUGCUUAAGGACAUGCGCACCGCUCGCGAGGAGAUGGACAAGCUUUUCGCCAUGGGCGAGGAUUUGUGGGCGGAGUGGAUCCAGGAUGAGAGUAUGCUGGCACAAUCGGUGGAGGAACGCAUCGCAGUCAUGGAGCUCUGCCAACGAUCGGUGGAGGAAGAGUACGGCAGCACCAAACUCUGGGGCAUUUAUGGAGAAUGGGUGCUGUACCUUUAUAAAUCGGCCCAUGGCGAUGCCAGCCAGAGCUCCUGGACCGAGGAAGAUCGGAUCAUCGGGCGCGAAGUUUUCACUUGGCCCUCCGUCUUGGAGGUUUGGCACAGGGGAGCCGAGUCGACCCAAUGGCGAAUCCACGACAGCCAUAUGGUGUGGGAUCGCUUCCUCGACUUGCUCGUCCAGGAUCUUGCCCGCAACGCUACCCAAGAGAAGGUGAAUCAUGUGCGGAACUUCUUUGAGGUCCGUCUUGCAACGCCCCACGCCACCUGGGACCAGACCUUUCAGCUCUUCUCCGGCUUUGUUUCAAACUACUACAACGCGAACUACGAAAAUAUCAUGGCCGACAUGGUUGGAAGACACGCCACGGCAGCCAAGGAACAAUACUCCGCCCGUGAGGAAUUCGAAAUCAAGUUACGCAAUGCGACCGAGUCCGGCGAGUUGGGACAGGAAUAUACCUUAUUCACGGAGUAUCUUGACUGGGAGCUCAAACAAAGUCGUCGGAAACGGCAAUUGAGCAAUUUUGAGUUCGUCAAGUCGAUCUACCAGCGCGCGGUUCUUCGUUUCCCGACCGAUUGCCACAUGUGGGAGGAUUUCAUCAUGUACCUUGUCAACGAAUCGAUGCACGGCAACACCAAAACUGCGACGAUGGCCACCUUGGACCGUGCGACUCGCCACUGUCCCGGUUCCGGUACCCUCUGGUCGCAAUAUCUGCUAAGCUCCGAGCGCGAAGGACAGUCCUUUGCGAAGAUCGCGGAUAUCAAGCACAAAGCGACCAGCACCGGUUUGCUAGAUGUUGGGGGCAUGGAGGAAGUGCUCAAAGUGCAUACCGCUUGGUGCAGUUAUCUGCGUCGACAGGCCUUCCUGUCUGACUCGACCGACGAAGAUAUCGACGUGGCGGAGGUUGGAAUCCGAUCUGCCAUUGAAAGCGUUCAGGAGCUUGGCGAGAAGAAAUACGGGCGGAACUACCAAGGGGACCCUUUGUUCCGCCUGGAACGGAUCUACAUCCGCUAUCUUAGCGAAAGCGGCAGCUGGGAUAGUGCCCGAGAGACUUUCAAGGGCCUUGUCGGUCGGCGCGGUAACAGCUACGAGUUCUGGCUGACCUACUACGAGUGGGAGCUCAUCUCCUGGAGCAAGUUUGUGCAGGGAGAAGCCACCAUUGACGCCGCCCGGCGGACACCCAACCCCAGCUACGCCACCGCCGUUCUGAAGCAGGCCAUCAAGCGGACAGAUUUGGAUUGGCCCGAGAAGAUCAUGCAGGUCUAUGUCGCUCACUGCGAGGAUUACGAAGACUCGGAUGAGCUGCAGCUGGCGAUCCUCGAAACCCGCAAGGCGAUGAGGGCCAUCACAGCCCGGCGCGAGCGGGACGCAAGGGAGGCGGCCGCGCGGCAGGCAGAGCAACAGGCCGCAGCCAUCGAGCAGGCGACACAAGUCGAAAAGAGGAAGCGGGAAGACGAGGUUGUCGUGAACGGAGCAGCACCUGCGAAACGGGCCCGUGCAGAAGAGUCCACCCCGUCUGUUCUCGUGACGCCUGAACCUGUUGCGCUUCAACGUGAUCGCGAGAAUGCAACCGUGGUCGUCAAGCAGUUGCCUCGUGGCAUUACGGAACAUAAAGUCCGGCAGUUCUUUCGCCAUUGCGGUACGAUCAACAGCCUGAAAAUGUUUUCUGCUCCAAAUGGGAAUUCGGAAACCGCCAUCAUAGAAUUUAACAACCGAGAUGAAGCCGUCGUCGCGCAGACCCGCGAUCAGAAGAUGAUCGAUGGACAAGCCAUCGAGGUUCAAUUCGGGUCAGGGUCUACACUCUUUGUCACCAAUUUCCCCCCCACUGCGGAUGAACAGUAUAUUCGUGAUUUGUUCCGUGAGCACGGAGAAAUCAUUGACAUCCGCUUCCCGUCUCUUAAGUAUAACACGCAUCGGCGAUUCUGUUAUGUGCAAUUCAAGACGUCUGGAGAAGCCUACAGCGCCACCCAACUAGACGGGUCUACAGUCGGCAAUGGCCUUCAUCUGGUCGCUAAGAUUUCCGAUCCCACUCGCAAACAAGACCGACAUGGUCCGAUGUACGAAGGACGCGAGAUUCAUGUGAGCAACCUGGACUGGAAGGCUAGCGAACAAGACGUGGAGGAGCUGUUUUUGCGGUUCGGCACCGUUGAACAAGUGCGCAUUCCUCGCAAGGUGGACGGAGGCAGCAAAGGUUUCUGUUAUAUUGUCUUCGCUUCCAAGGAGGAAGCCGAGGCAGCUUUGGUAAUGCACGAACAAGAGUACCGGUCCCGGCCUUUGCAAGUGAAGUUGUCCACGCCACAGGGGGCAAAACGGAGUGCCACAACAAUUCUGUCUCGCGUGUCAGCCUCGCGAUCUCCGUCGGUUGAAGCCAACGGAACUGGAGAGGAGGUUUCCAGCAGUGAUCGGGCCGCGCGUACUCUGGGUUUGAUGAAUGUUCCCGACACGGUCAACGAUGCACGGAUUCGCGCGCUAGUCGAGCCGUACGGCAAGCUGAUCAAGAUUAUCCUUCGGCCAGACCACCAAGGAGCGAUCGUCGAGUUCGCUGACAUUCAUGCUGCCGGAAAAGCCUCGCUGGAAUUGGAAGGACAGGAGAUUGCUCCCGGCCGGAGAUUGCACGUGGGAAGCGUACCGGAAAUGCUGAAGCAGUCGGCAGAGAAGAGAGGCCACUCGAGCACCGCCGGCAGCAAGGCGACUACUGAGAAGUCGGGGGCGAGACUCCAACCGACUGGACCGAUUAAACGGCCACCGCAGCCUGGGGCGCGCGGAGGCAAGCGCGGUCACUUGGGUGUGAAGCGAGCCACCGGUGGGUUGCAGGGGCAGAGCCACGCGCAGAAUGGCGCGCCUACGACCAACACCACGACGACGACGACGACGAUGACGAACAACACAGACAGCUCCGCCCCGGAUGACGGACCAAAAAUGAAAAAGAGCAAUGAUGACUUUCGUGCGAUGAUCCAGCAGAGUCGAGCGGAAUGAAAGCGUCCGACGCACUGGAUUGCAUUGGCGGGUUUGGCGUUACCUCCCUCUCUCUCUCUCUCUUUCUCUCCGCUUGCUGAUGACCUGGAUUUUUUUUUCUUUCUCUCUCUUCCAUUCUACACCCCCACCUUUGAUGUGUUUUUCUACCAUAACUUGUCACCGAGGCGGUGCUGACUCUGUCUUAUUUUUCUUUUUUAAUAUUCUUGCUGGUUGGCCGUGUAUUAUCAUGGACUUUGCUUCGGUCAUGGAACCCCCAGCCUCAUGUCGGAUGUAGAUUAUUCUGUAUCUUUCUUAUGAUUCUUCUUUUUUCUUUCAUCCUGAUGCCGUGGGUUCUUUCUGUCUUCGGGCCAGAAGGUUAUACUUUUCUUCUCCCCCACCGUGAGAUAGGCGAUGGAAUGAUGAGCACGAGUCCAGAGGAUGGAGAUGGACACCCUCCCACGUGAUUUGAUGGGAC